AGAUGCGCAACCAUUUUGACUAGGCUAUCUUAGCUGUUCGUCACGAAAGUGUUUGGGUAGAUUUUCUAUACGUCUGGGUGUAACUUUCUCUAAUGUUAUCUAUUCAGUGACAGUUAAGAUGAGUGGGGACUGUGGGUAUCCUAGGGGAAGGUCUAGCCCUGUCGGAGAUCGCCCAAACAUGUCUGCGUUAAGGAUUGUGCUUGUAGGGAAGACUGGAGCUGGGAAGAGCUCCUCUGGGAAUACUAUUCUAGGGAGGAAUGUCUUCAGAAAGGACAUCAGCAGUGCAUCCAUCACCAAAGAGUGCUGGAAGGAGGUCGGUAUGGUUACCAGGAGGGAGGUGGUUGUAGUAGACACUCCUGGACUGUUUGACACCUCCCACUCAGAAUUGGCGGUGAAACAAGAGAUCGCUAAAUGCAUAAACAUGUCGGCACCGGGCCCACAUGCCAUCGUUUUGGUCAUCAAAGUGGGAACCUUUACAGCCGAAGCAGAACAGUCUGUGGAGAAAGUCAGAGCCAUAUUCGGCGAGGACGCAGACAGGUACACCACGGUCCUCUUCACUCGUGGGGAUGAGCUGACCGGUAGCAUUGAGGAGUAUCUGAGCGAAGCACCUAAUAAUCUCAAACGCGUCUUACAUUUGUGUGGAGGACGUUAUCAUGUAUUUGACAACAGAAACAUGAAGAAUCGGACACAAGUGCUAGAGUUUCUUUGGAAAGUGGAUAAAAUGGUUGCAGCCAAUGGAGAUGCAUUUUACACAAACUCUAUGUACAAGGAUGUGGAAAAAAUGCUGAAGGAGAAAGAGCAAGCAAUAAAGGAAAGAUAUUCAAGAGAACUUGAAGAGAAAGAGAGGCAGUUUGAUGAGGAAAGGAGAGGAUAUCAGGAAACUAUUGAAAAACUAAAACAAUCUGAGCAAGACAAGGAACUGAAAAUUAAAGAACUAGAAUGCCUCAUUCAGCAGAAAGACCUAGAGAGAAUGGAGUAUGAACGGUUUUACAAUGAAAUCUUAAGAUCUGCUAGAGAGGAAGCAGAGAAUACACAUGUCAUUGAUGCAAUGUCCAUGCUCAGCAGCAGAGAGCAGCAAAUCGCCAGCCUAUUUAAAAAAUUUCAGAUCAAGGAUUAAGAUCAAGGCUAGAAUAGAUUAUUGUUGUUUUAAUGAACCUGGCAAAAAACACAGAUUUUUUUAUUAUUAUUAUUAAAUGUAAGCAAUAGCCUAUAUCUUGUAGCUGUUAAGCCAAGUGAUAAUAUUUAGAAUAACCUAAAAUCUGAACAACUGACAAGAGGUUGCCUUUGCAGUCACAAUUUCCAUGUUUAUUUUGUCCAACUGUUCAUGACACAUCUGGGGGGGGGGAUUUAUGAUGAAAACGCUUUCAUGACAGCCAGCAGAUGGACCAAAGGUAUUUUCUUUAUUUUUUCUCUGUGUCUAUUGUAAAAACAAAUUAAUUAAUAAAUAAACACCUAUCUUGUA